AGUUUAUCCAAGAUAACACCCAUGAUUUGAGUAGCUCUGACACGAGAAGUCAAUAUUUAAUAUCUGAGACAGCGCAGGACGCGUUAAUGUCGUCUUAUGUUGUGUCUCGAUCACAGCUUGAAUGAUACAGUAUUAUUAAACUUGGUUUAUAUAGUCGACGAGGUUCCAGCGUGGAGGGAUAUGUUUAUGUUUCGGGUCGUGAUGCAACAUGGUUUCUACGCUGUCAUAUUCCACACGCACACCUGCUGACGAAACUCCAAACACCUGGCGCGAAAGACGCUGGAGAAAAUGACGUCACGGGAAACCGGGUCAUGUGACGGGGAAUCCCCUCUAAAUGUAGCCGCCUGCGCUGAGGGUUACUGUUUUGAUUUGCCGAUGCAGGGGAAGUUGACUGUUUCCAAUUGUCUGUGAUGAUGUGUGAUUGGAUUUGACGAACGUGAUGCUGAUUAGUGUACCUAGGGGUCAGAACGUAGCCCAGUUGUGUAAGACGACGAUCCUGUACAAGCCGAAGCUGGAAGAGGACGUUUCCACCAUCCCCACCAUCGGCUUCAACGUGGAGACCAUCAGCCCGGUCAAAGGUGUGACGUUCACCGUGUGGGACGUGGGGGGUCAGGGGAAGAUCCGACAGCUGUGGAAACACUACUACCCCAACACACAAGGUCUGAUCUACGUGGUGGACAGCGCAGAUCGUCUGCGCAUGAAGGAAGCCAGGUCGGAGCUCCAUGUAAUCUGCAGUUCGCCGGAGAUGGCUGGGGUGCCGGUAGUGGUGAUAGCUAACAAGCAGGAUUUGCCAGGUGCCCUAAAGCCCCCCGAGGUUGCUGAGGAACUUGACAUCAGCGACCUCAAAAACCGGAAAUGGCACAUACACGGCGCAUGCGCACCAAAUGGAGAAGGGCUGUUCGAGUCGGUGCGGGAAAUGUCACGUCUUGUGAAAUACGUACAGAAGAAUGGUUGAUGAUGAGUAUGGCCGCUCCACAAUGUCAAAUAUAACAAACCAACCAAAACUUCCCAGGGGACAAUUAUGACGUACAUAGGGAACAGCUCUGCCCUCGGAAAUACGGCUUCGUUUACGUCUUGAUCUGACACAGAAGAUGACGUCCACAGCUCUACCGGGGCCUCUCCGGAUGUCCACCAUCCUGCAUGUAACUUCUCAUGACAGAGAUACUUGAUAUUGUUUGUUCCGGGUACUCUUAAGGCAGGCUAAAAUACUGAAUCCAACUACAUGUGAGUGAGUCAGUCAGUCAGUUAGUCAUUAUUGUUUUGUUGUUUGUUUGUA